AAUAUCACUGCUAUUAAGUUAUUAUCAAUGUUUUUUUUAAAAUCUUUAUUAAUAUUUCAAUUUCUGAGGAUAAAUACGCGCUGGGUAUUGCUUUACGCAUCGCUUGUCCAGAGAAAGGAUCUCAUUUUACGCACAGACGCAUGAAGGAUUCUUAUUAUUGAAGACAGUUUCUCUCACUAGUUUUCUUCUUCACUGUUAUUAAGUAAUUAUCAAUUAUUUUUUCAAUUUCUGGAGAUAAAUACUCGAGGAGUGCUUUUCUGGGUAUUGCUUUGCGCAUCGCUUGUCCAGAGAAAGGAUCUCAUUUUACGCACAGACGCAUGCAGGAUUUUUAAUUGAAGACAAUUUCUCUCACUAGUUUUCUUCUUCAUUGAGAGAUCAGAGGAUGAUUUGUGCGUCGAGAGCUGCUGGAAAGAAGAGAAGCGGUUUUCCUUGUGGAUACUAACCACCUGUCACCACUUUCAAUCAAAAAAAUGGAAAACUACACGACGUGGAGUAAUUUCACCCAAGUUCUGUCGGAGCUAGACGGCGAGGAAGAGGAGGACGACGAGGAGGAAGAGGAGGGCGGAGUUAGCGGCGGAGCUAGCGGCGGACUGCGCGUCCUCAUCGGCUGCUUCCUCUUCCUGUUGAUCGUGUCCACGCUGCUCGGGAACACGCUGGUGUGCGCCGCCGUCGUCCGGUUCCGCCACCUGCGCUCCAAAGUCACCAACUUCUUCGUCAUCUCGCUGGCCGUGUCUGACCUGUUUGUGGCCGUGCUGGUGAUGCCCUGGGAGGCCAUCACCGAAGUGACCGGCACGUGGCUUUUCGGACGCUUCUGCGGGGUCUGGAUCGCCUUCGACAUCAUGUGCUCCACGGCCUCCAUCUUGAACCUGUGCAUCAUCAGCGUGGACCGCUACUGGGCCAUCGCCAGCCCCUUCAAGUACGAGCGGAAGAUGACUCACCGCGUGGCGUUUGUCAUGAUUGGGGUGGCGUGGUCGCUGUCCAUCCUGAUCUCCUUCAUCCCGGUGCAGCUCAACUGGCACCAGGUCGGGGAGGAGGAGGAAGUGAUGGAGGAAGUGGUGGAAAUGAUGGCCGCCAACGGCAGGAACUUCACAAACAGCAGCAGCAACCUCAACGCCAGCGUCGCCGCCAAGAGCUGUGUCGCCAACCUGAACAAGACCUACGCCAUCUCUUCCUCCUUCAUCAGCUUCUACAUCCCGGUGGUGAUCAUGAUCGCCACCUACACGCGGAUCUACAGGAUCGCUCAGACCCAAAUCCGCCGGAUCACGUCUUUGGAGAGGGCGGCGGAGCAGGCCCAGAACCAGGGCGGCCACGGCGUGAACCGGAACCAGCAGCAGCAGCACAGGCCCAACGAAGAAGCCUCGCUGAAGUCCUCGUUUAAGAAGGAGACCAAAGUCCUCAAGACCCUCUCCAUCAUCAUGGGGGUGUUUGUCUUCUGCUGGCUGCCAUUCUUCGUCCUCAACUGCACGAUGCCGUUCUGCGACCCGCCCUGCGUCAGCAACACCACCUUCACCGUCUUCGUGUGGUUCGGCUGGGCCAACUCUUCCCUCAACCCGGUCAUUUAUGCAUUCAACGCAGACUUCCGCCGGGCCUUCGCCACCAUUCUGGGUUGCAACCAGAUGUGCUCCAACAACACGGUGGAAGCUGUGAACUUCAGUGACGAGCUGGUUUCGUACCACCACGACACAACGCUCCACAAGGAGGCGCUGGUCCCCGCGCAGCCGCAGCAACAUCCUCACACCAUCAACGUCGGGUCCGACCACCUGGAGGACAUGAGCCCACAGUUUGACGAGGAGUCGAUCAUCUCCAACGGUUCCCGGAGCCACAACAGACUGCUGCUGCUUCCCGCCACCGUCCAGCUCGAGGACGACCCGGAAAUCUCCUUGGAAACGAUCACGCCGUUCACCUCGGCGGCGGGGCUUGAGAGUGAUGCUCUAAUACCAGGACAAGUCCACCAGGAUGAAUAGGACACAAACUGCAUCGAGCUGACGGCCAUAACUAAACAGGAAGUUGGGCUGUGUUGCCUUCAAAAUAAAAGCAUAAACUUGAAUUGAACUGUAAUCAGACUUGUCCGCCAAAAUGUUCGCUGUUGAUUCAUUUUAAAUAAUGCAGGACUUUGAGGACUUUAGCGAAACAUAACACAAGAAAGCCUCGACUGUAUAGCCUAUAAGCUUCAGUUAAAAUGCCAAUAUCAGAAUUUACUGAGUUUUAAGUGACUGCUGGAUUGUUUUGUUCAAUUUUUGUGUUUGCACUUGGUUAAAUGGAAGCAGAUUUAGUUGAAAUUUACUUGACACAGUAAAGUUGGAGUUUGAAUGUUGAUUUUUAGGGAAACAGAAUGCUUUGU